AUGGGGCGAUCCUGUUUCCCAGACCCUGGGAUCAGGUAUCUACGCGCAUUUACUAUUUGCACUGCUGAUACUACUGCUACUGAUGUCGCACUUGAUGCUGCCACGAUUUAUGCCCUUGUAACUACGGCGAUGGUGGUUAGCAAGAGGACUUAUAUGGAGGAGACUGGUCGACCAAUAGAUAAGAGGCUAUCAGAACACCGAAACGCCUACAAAGGCUUAUGGAUCCAGAAAUCGGAGGUGACUGAGCAUGUGGUCACUUCAGGACACCGGAUAGAAUGGUCUAAAUCCCAACGUUUUGUCGGAUAUGGCGACUUCACUACUAAGUGUAGGAUCAGAGAUUCUAACGAAAUCAACAAAGAGGAACGAGUGUAG